UAUGUUUUGACACAUUUUCGUACUAAAAUUAAACUUUAAAACCUCUUGUUACCGCUAAGCUUCUAUGACCACGCUAUCAAAUUCAUUCUACAUCCAAGCUUCUGUAAGUCUUCAAAACCAACUAGCAAGAGUAAUUUGUGAAAUAGUAAAACGUCGAUGUAAAUAGUUGCAAAUGAUAGUGAUGCAGUUUAAAUCUUGUGUUUUUCUUUUGUUUUAGCCACCUGAUUUAAGUCCGGUCGGUUUACUUUCGUUUCGCCAUUGUUGGCUUUUGUGUGGAUUAUGUUUCUAGUUUUUAGUAUCGAUGCGAAAAUCAGCUAUCUGAUAUGUAACCUGCUGGAUACUUGUCAGAUUGAUAAUCUUAUUUACUUCAAUCAUCAUUGAUUCAAGUCUCUUUAGGUCGAUAUCUGUGCAGAAAUUCGCUUGUGUGAAGUUGACGCUAAUUUCGUUCACGUUCUCCUCUAUACUUCUUAGAUCUAAUAGUAAGUUCAGUGAAUUAUGAUUUUGCUUCCACUGACUGCAGUCCAUGUUUCUUUAAAACUCCACCUGAAGUCUCAAACGGGCAUAUUUUUGAAACCAUUGCAGUUAUUUUUUAUCCGACUUAUGGUUUACUAAAUUCUCGCCAAUGCAAUGAGCUCUGAAGCGAAUCUCGAUUCUUCUAAUUCCAUUAAAUCAGAACCUCAUGCUGCUAAGUCUCAUUCUUCAAAAAUUACUACCAACCAGCUGGAGUAUAUUAAAAAAGAAGUUGUUGGGCGACUAUUUAAAGAAAAGAUUGUAUGGCCGUUUACAAAACCAGUCGAUCACCAGCGGCUAAACCUUCCAGACUAUCCCAAAAUAAUAAAACACCCAAUGGACCUUGGGACGAUAAAACAGCGGCUAAAUUUAAAAUUUUAUCACUCCUCUUCAGAAUGUCUCGAUGAUCUUUUCACUAUGUUCCGAAAUUGUUAUAUAUUCAACAAGCCAGGUGAUGAUGUAGUUGCAAUGGCAAUGAAGCUUGAGCAGAUUGCUAGAGAACGCCUUAAAUUUAUGCCGACUCCUGAGACCGAAAUCUGUCCACAAAAAACCCCAAAGUCUAUCCGUCCUAUUGGCGCUCCUUUGCAGGUCCAUCCUGUCGAAACAAUUCAUACAGCUGCUUCAACCAACCAUACUGAAGGGUUAAAUGGCUCAGCUGUUUCUGUCGACCAGGCUACAUUACCUUUCAGGCCAUCAGUAACUUCUACAUCUACCAAAAAGGCUAGUAAAAAGAAAAGUGAUUCUACGAUAGACGAAUUGCCGUCGACUCCCCAAUCAUAUGAUGAUCUAUCUCGCGACCGCCGUCAAAUCAAAAAGCCCAAGCGUGAAUAUGAAGAACGUAAUGUUGGCAAACGAUUGCGACUUUCCGAAGCACUGAAAGCUUGCAGUAAUAUUCUGAAGGAUAUUUCCUCUCAGAGAUAUCGGGUAUGCGUUUGUAGCAUUUUGAGCUAUUAUUUAUAGGAUCUCAAUCAUUUUUUCUUAAAACCAGUGGAUGUCGUAGCCCUCGGGCUUCAUGAUUACUACGAUGUUGUCAAAAAAGCAAUGGAUCUCAGCACCAUAAAAACAAAAUUAGAAAGUGGUCAGUACCAUACCAAAUACGAUUUCGCAGACGAUGUUCGACUGAUGUUUAAUAAUUGUUAUAAGUAUAAUGGUGAAGAUAGCGAAGUUGCUAGAGUGGGGAAACAACUUCAAGCUAUUUUUGAUGAAAAUUUCGCCAAAGUUCCGGAUGAUGAGUCAGAUCCUGCUGCCUCCCCUGAUGGUCGUCCUGUUGAUCAGAAUAUGUAUCAGCUAAUUCAAAACGCCAUCAAAGAGCAUCAGAAGUUAACCAAUCAGUUUCAGCGUUUCAGCGAGGAUUUGCUGAAAAGCACAACUAACCUAAAUUCUAUCUUAUCAUCCUUAAGUAUGGCUGUCAGAAAAGCACCUAUUGGUCACAACACACCCCAUAUUAAUUCAUUACCCCCUACUCAAACUGGCCUUCCGACUGUUCCACGUCCUACUAUGAAUGAUAUAGAAGAUGUAAAUAUCACUAAGAGAGGCAGACAAUCUCAGUCGAAAACAAAAUACAGACAAUCAGGUCAGUUACAUCUUUGUUUUUUAUGGUAAACUUGUUAGCCUUUUAGUUUCAUAACUUUGUUGUAUCUUUUGCCUUUAAGCGAUCGUAGUCUCCUUAUUUUCGAAUCUUGCUUUACUAUCAGCUUAGGUAAUAGAGUAAUUUUAGAGCGACUCCUUAAUAGUUAAGACGUCUGACUUUGGGCUACUAUGUCCCAUGUUCAAAUCCCUCUCCAUUUACUUCAGUUUGGGCAACCGGGUUGUAUAAUUAUUCCUCAAGCUUAGAGUAUGGCUCAUACCCAAAUACCAGGUGACUGAGCUAAUGACAUUACUAUGUGGCUCACAUUUACAUUCUAAGUAUUGUUCUAUAAAGCUGUUAGUGGUCCUAACUAUUAAACUAACUAUAAACUGCCUCAUUUUCUCGUCAUUACAUACAAUUAUUCAUUGCGACCAGUCUGGUUUUUAUAUCAUGUUUUGUUCUGAGACAGAAUAUUAUAGUAAAUCGCUUUUUACAGUAAGUUUAGGGGAGUUUUUUGACAGUAUCAAUCGGAAAGUUGCAGUUCCGAAUUGACCUAAAUUUCUUCGGACUGGGAGUGAGUUAAAUAGCAUUGUUAUUCAGUUUCUACUCAGUCAGUCGUGUGCAAAGUCGAACUUGGCACAUGUGUGCAUCCAUUCAAGCUACUACAUUCAAUUAGCACAGCUAUUGUUAAACCAAAUACCACACAAGUGGAGGUAUUAACAGUAUCAGUAUUAACAAAAAAGAUGAGGCUCAAAUUAUUUAUCUAUUUGAACACAUAAACAUUGGUACAAGGGGGCACCACAUAUAUAUGUGCCACACAAUAACAAUGGGAAUGUGAAGAGAUAGAAAAUGUAAGGUGCGUACAAGAAAAAGGCGAACAAUAACGAACAGAAAUCAAUGUAUGAUAGUGAAAUAAUAAUAAUGGGAGAACCAGUUCGGAAAGCAAAGGUACAACCAGAAAGGAUUCUUCUAGUUAAAUAAAUUACGUCCAUUUUUAUGAAGAAAGUAAAUAAAAGUUACAGCAGGAUCGCCACUGCCUUCUAUUCUGAGUAAUAUCUGAUAACGUCUCUAGCCACUGUGUUGCACCAUCUCUAGGAUCCCAAACAUAGAGUCGUGAAUGACCAACAGAAGCCAGUCCUUUGCAGCUUUCUUUCAUACCACGACACCAUGUCAUGCACUGACCACCUCUCCGCUUCUUCCAACCAGUCCCAGAGUCGGUAAAUAAUACACGACGUGGAAUUCUCUGGGAAGACAUUCGGAGAACAUGUCCAAGCCACCGAAGUCGGUGUUUCAAGAUGGUGACACCAAUUGCAUUAUCGUCUCUGCGCCCGAACACAUGAUGCCGAACCUCUGCAUUACUGACAUGGUGUUGCCACUGGAUGUCAGCAAUCCUUCGGGGACAACGACGAUCAAACACAGUUGUCUAACAUCCUUAACUCGGAGAGGCCAGGUUUCACAAGCAUAGAGCAAAACUGCUCUCACCGACGCGUUGUAUACAGCCAGACUAACAUCACGAAGGCGCCAAAGAUUACCCAGAUUGGCACAAGCCUCUUUGGCUUUCACUAUAUGUGAAUUGAUCCGACUACACACGUCAUUACUGGCACUUAUGCAGCUACCCGGAUAUACAAACCUCUCGACUACUUCUAUGCGCUCAUUACCCAGGGUGAAUACAGGAUCAGGAUCCUGCCAGUCUUGUAAAAGUACUUUGCACUUCGAAGGUGCAAAGCACAUACCGUACCUACGGACAUUGAUUGCCAACUGAUUAAGUGUGGAUUGCAUGCCUUGGGCAUCAUCACACAGUAAGACAAUAUCGUCCGCAUACUCAAGGUCGAGAAGUCUUUCUCCAGCAACGGAUUCACACCGCCAUUACUUGCAUCCAUCAGAGCUGUUUCCAGAAUGUCAUAGAUGGAAAAGUUGAAGGGGAAUGAUGAGAUUGGGCAACCCUGUCUAACCCCACUGCUCGAGUGGGACAGAGGAGAGAGGUGGUUGUCGAUAGUGCUUUUAAGAUGUUAGUAAACUUGAGUAGAACAUCUCUGGUAGUGGUUGUAUGCACGUGGCCAUGUGAGAGCAUUUCGAGAGGAAGAGCUGACUCUCCACACUCGACCGUACCAGGGCAUUCGCAAAAAAAGAGACGUAACCUUCGUAAGUGAAAGAGUUUUCUGUGGCUGUACUUUUGCUAUUUGAACUGGCCCUCCACUUAUUAUUAUUUCACUAUCAUACACUAAUUACUGUUCAUUGUUGUACUUCUUUUUUCUUAUACGCACCUUACAUUCUUUAUAUCUUCACAUUCUCAUUAUUAUUGUGUGGUGAUAUAUAUAUAUAUAUAUAUAUAUAGUGCCCCAUUUGUACCAAAUAUUUAUGUGUUCAAAUAAAAUAAAUAAAUAAAUAGCAAAUGUGACGAGGAAUGGUGAGAUUGGGCAACCCUGUGUAACCCCAUUGCUUGAAUGGAACAUUGAAGAGAAGUGGUUGUGUGCCCUAACUCAAAAGAUAUGAUUCGAGAAAAAAGUUUGGAUUCAUGAAAUAAAAAGAAUUUUACAAAAUAAUCUGGAAACUUAGGGUUUAGGAGGAGACAAAGUGUGAAUGCACCUGUACCGUCGCAAAUAAUUCUAAGCCGUUUUAUUCAAAGUCUCUAACCACGGGUUAUGAUAAUCACUCUGACCCCAACCAGUUAUUCUUCGCCUAUCUACAUGGCUCAGUAAAACAGUCAAUAUCUUCAUGGACUGAUGCGAUGUCUUGGUUUGUUCAACCCUAGUUUGCAACCUACUCCAUUAGCCACUAUCGCACGUCGAGGUAGUCGGUCGAUGGGUAUACGUAAUAUCUGUCUUAACUGUCUCAGUCGACAAAGAUUCAAUUGAUUUCUCAUCUUUACCUAGCCUCCUACGUUUAACCAUUCAUACCUACCUAAGCAUUAGUAAUUUGGGAAGGAAAUUGUUCCGAUUCGAUAGUUAAGACAUUUUCCUGGAAAUUCCUGUUUGGCCAUAAUUAUUCAAAAAUGGACCGUUGUCUUGGAGUUAAAUAUGAUAUAUUGUUUACCAUAAGUGCAACAACUCAUCGAAUUAGGCAUAAUCAAUAACAUAUUUUAGAUUGUUUUUAAUUAUGAAGUCGACUUUGUUACAUGGAUCGAAAUCAUUGAUUAAUGUUCUUACAUAUAGUUCACAUUUUGAUAUUACUUGAAGAAAUGUGUCACUGUAAUAAAGAAGUAAAGAUAACUGAAAAGAAUCAUCCGUAGUACUCAAUAAAACGGUCAUCGCUUGUGUGUGCAGUGUCCUUGCAUUAAAAUCUAGAAGGAAUUUAACUAUUAACUUAUCGGUUUUUAACUGAUUUUAAUUUCGAAUAAAUUAUCUUCAUUCAUUUGCAGUAUAAUAGUGCCUCUAAUUCGGAUUUUUGUGUCAACACAAAUUAAAAUUACAAAGAUGAGAUGUUUGCCAAGUGAUUUCUAAGGGCCUAUCAUUUCCAACAAAUAAACAAGAAAAGUUUACGAUUAUCAAGGGGGUUAUUAUAGUAAGAAAUAUCGCUUUAUUCCUUAGUUGAUGAGACAAGUUUAGGGGAUUUAAUAAAUCACCUUUAUGACCCAAAGGAAAACAAACAACAAUAUCAACUUUUAGACUUCUUAAUUUUUUAUUAGAAGUUUAUUUUACUUCUCAAACUAAGCUUUUACCAUCUGGACGGUCAUAAUAUCAAUUAUAUCAGUCUCGACUACUGAAUUGUUAAAUACAAAGAUGUACUUGCUAUACCAUGUUGGAAUACUUAUUAAAUAAAUCGCCAUAUCACGUCACUUGACGUUCUAUCAAAAAUUAAUGGACAAAAAACGUACCCACCAUCAGUGAAAUUUGUUUAAUCAUGUCCACAUUACUUCUAGUUAAAUGAUGUUAAGAUAACUUCCAAUGGUUUGCUGAAGAUAUAACCAACAAAAACGAUCAGAAGUUGAGAACAUUCAAUUUUCAUUUCUUUAGGCUAACAACAAUCAUUUAGCUCACACCUAGUCUAAUUUAUGCCGUGCAGUUGCUGAAAGAGUUGGAUUUCAAUCUAGAAAAGUGGAUCGUUAACUCGUCACUUGCAAAAUGUUUAUCUAGAGUUUGCCCACUAAAAUCACUUUGAUUACUGGUUGGGCACUCAAUAAUGGUCUGGUAUUCUGAAUGGACCUUGAGGGAAGAUAAAAUAAGAUCAUAGUUUUUCCAAUAUUACUGAGUGAUUGUAAAAUCAACUGACAGCUGAAUGUUAAGUUUUGGUGUUGGAUUUAGGUAUUUAGUGCUACAAAGGGUGUUUAGCAUAACCCAUCAAAUCAUCUGUUCAGUUUCUUCCUCAUCUAGUAGAUGUUAAUUUCAGUUAGAAACUAGGAUAACUGUACAUCGGUCCACGUUGCUUCAUCACACCAACGCAGCAAUAUGAAAUUAUCAAAUUAUUAAUAUAGUAGAAUUACUAGCAGUAUCUGUUAUAGUAAAAUGGGUUUGGCAGAGAUAAUGACUUAACAAGAAACGAAUAAAUUCGCGGAAUAAAAGAAAUAAAAUUAAUUUUGAAACUCAGGAUACAAAGGAAAAGUAUAAGUAAAUUCAUUUUCGGUACCGCUAAGGAUUCCGAAUCAUGUCAUCCAAAGUUUUUAACGAUUAGUCACGGUAAUCACACGGACUGUGACAUGGUAGUUUGGAAUGAUCCCUUGUUUUAGUUUGGACACACCUGGUUUUCUUCCCAUCUAAUAUUGCCCCAUCCAACACCAGGGGUAAAGGUCGGGGUUGGUUUGUCAUACUUGAUGGAUGUUCUGACUACCACUUAGUUAAUGAAGAUUGGCAGCCUCAUCAACGGAAUAGCUUAGUACUCUGCUUCUAAUCUCGGUUUUGUUCAUUCUGUAGCCCCGACACAAAAACAUUCCUUUGAGGUCAUCUAUGAUCUUGCGCCAGUAACUUUCCGAUGUCGUCUGAUCUUAAAGGUAACGCUUCCCAAUUGUAUGUUAAAACAGAGCAAUCUGCUGCACCGUAUACCUGCUCCUUGAUCGCCAGAUGUAUGUCUCACCCACGCAGAAAUUUGUACAAGCUCCGGUUGUCCAGUGAAGUACUAGUUAAGUUGCCAAAAUUAUUUGGGUCAAAGCAAACCUGUGGCUUCAUCUCAACCCAUCUGUUUAAUAAUUCAAUUGAAUGUAAAAAUACUCAUAAUCACAACUGUAAUCAUUGUCUAACAAAGUAAUUAAAUGUCAACUAGAGAAUAACUUAUUGUCACAACUACCACAUAUUCUAUGUUGCUAUGUACGUUAAAGUUCUUGCAUUCACUCGUAUGUUAUGCAUUUCAAGAUAGGGUAUUCAACUUCCAUCGUUUUAUUUACACAGGACUAUCUGCUGCAGCACCCGUUCUAAAUACACCAUGUGUUCCGGUUAGUAGUAGCACAGUAAAUAUGAGUUCUACACAUUCCCAACCUAUACCUGUUCCUGGAUAUGCUACAGAUGAGGAGAUGUCCGAAAACAAUGUUCGUCCAAUGACUUACGAUGAGAAACGUCAAUUAAGUUUAGAUAUUAAUAAGCUUCCUGGUGAAAAAUUAGGUAGAGUUGUCCAAAUCAUCCAGCAACGUGAACCGUCGCACCGUGAUUGUAAUCCAGACGAAAUCGAAAUUGAUUUCGAAACGCUGCAACACACAACUUUGCGUGAAUUAGAGAAGUAUGUAAAAUCUGUUCUGCAAAAGACAAAAUCCGGGAGCCGGAAAUAUGUGAAGAAGGGGUUAAGUGGCGUCCCACCAGGCAAGACUCGUGAAGAAUGCAUGAAAGAAAAAACGGAAGAGCUGGAAAAUCGAUUGAGAGAGAUUGGAGGACUUCCUCAAGGUGCUCCUGGAUACCAUAAUGCACAUAAUCCGAAAAAGUCACAUGGUACUAAUCGUUUGAGCGCAUCAUCAUCCAGUUCAAGUGAUUCCGAGAGUACUUCAGACUCAAGUGAAUCUGAUUCUUCAGAUUCUAAAUCUUAUAGUGAGUCCUGAUGAAUUGCUACAUUUGCAACUUAUUCCCAGUAAUUGAAUGCUGCAUUCUUUAUUGUCAUCCAGUAUUCCUUCUUUUUCUAAACAACUUUACCACAGUAUGGUUUCAUUUUGUAAUUUCUUUAAAUCCUUAUUUACUCAACGUAUAUCAUUCUUUUUUUUAAACUUACACACACCUUUUUACUGCCAGCCACUGUGCUAACAUCAAGUCAAGAAUUUCACUUUUUUACAAACUGAAGUCGUAAGAUUCCAAUCAAGCACCAAAUAAUUCAGUACUUGAUUUUUUCGCCUCAGUGGCUUUCCUAUUCUUUGUACAUCAAUUCUUGGUUUCUUCUUAUACACCACUAUGUCUCCAACACAUGGCGUUGUUUUCAUGAGAAAUAUGUACCUAAUUCUCUUUUAAUUGUUUGUGGUCCUGUGUAUAAAAAGAUCAUUGAAUGCAUUUUUGUACAGUACUUAGCAUGUAAUUUUCAUUUGAUAAAUUAUCUGCUACUAAAGUGAGAGUCUUCUUGAUGUUAGCACAUUGGGUGGUAGUUUAGGUUGAUUUAAUUAUAUCUUAAGGCCUGCCUUCCUGGUGUUCUUGCUAUAAUUUCAGAAGCAGCUUCAGACCAAAAACAGUCGCAUGACCAGGUAUCUUCAACUGGCCUACAGAGUUGUUCUAAAUCGACUGUUUUUUUAUCCCCGAACUCAGGUGCUGUGACAAAUAAGACAUCGAUCAAUCAACCACCGACAUUUUCUGCACUUAACUCUGUUGCAAGUGAUCAUUGUAAUGAUGAUGUCGUUUAUGAAAAAUGUAUUGAACCAAAGACUGAACAAAAUGAAUCUUCAGAUACGGAAUCUGAACCAAACUCCCCUCACCAGCUACCUCAACCCGUGUGGGCCAUCUCAGGGUUUUCCAAAAAGCCAUCUUCUGAAGAUGGUACGUUAGGCAAACCCCUUUUUACAAGUAGCUGCACAGCUACAUCAGCUUCUGAGGUUUCUUCAACAGUUGUGGCUGCUAGAUUGGUUAAUGUAUUACCCGAUCCUGUUGAAGCAAACGACAUUUUGCUACCUAACUCUCAGCCCGGUAGAAACGAGGAAAAAGAAAAACAGGCCGCGGCUCUUCAAAUAAUGCGCGAAGCUCGCAGACAAUCUCAAUGGAGUUCUCGCGCGGCUGAAGAGAAGGCUAUUCGUGAACGCGAGGAGGCUGACAGACGACGUCAGGAAGAAGAACUUGCUUUAGAAGCUGAAAGGAGGAAAGAACAGGAAUUGCGCCGUAUUGAGGAGGAGAAGCGCCUUCUUGUUGAAGCUCGAAAGCGUGAUGACAUUGCAAAGCGUAAGGCUAUGAUCGGUGCACCAGAACGUAUAAAUGCUCAUGAAUUACUGACGGAAUUCGAGAAUUCAGUUGAUAUAUCUUGCAUUGAUGCAUGUUUUGCCAUGCGUCACUUCUAAAUCAAUGCUGUAUCAUCUACAAGAAUGUAUUUUUCCAUCAUACCUCAUUUUCCGAAGCGUAAAAUAAUUUUUUUCUAGUUAAUAAUAAAUUCACAGGAACUUCUAAUAACUAGUGUUUAUUCACUUUUUCAAGUUCUUUUGACUAAAUGGACGUGACGUUUUCUCUUUGUAAAUGUACAUAACCAGUUAGAUUUUUCAUUUUUGUCUUGAUUAAGAAUUAAUUUCUUCUGGUCAUUUGAUAUACUAACAUUUUUUGUGCAUUCUGGAGGGGAAAAUUGUUACUAGUCGAUUUUAUUAUGAAAUGUACGAACUGGAAAAGUUAUCAACCAUGUUGCUAAAUAUAGAAAUUGAACUAGGACUGACCAAUUUGGAAUACUUUUUUAUCUAACUAAAUGAAAGGAGCUUGGUUGUAUUUUUUCUUGUUUCAAUGGAGUUAUUUAUGUUGAUGGUGUUAUUCAGGUUUGUUUCACCGUUGAUAUGGUUCUAUUGUUCAGAUUGUUAACUAGAUAUAAUGUAGUCUCCGAAAACUAGUUGUGUUUCUUCAGAAUUAACAGUUUAGGUAACAAAACGAUCUGCAAAUUAACGUGAAAUCCGCUGGCAAGUGUGGUAGAGAUGUGCUAUUAUCAUAAUGAUGUCUCAAGUACAUUGAAGCAUUGAGUUAGAUGACGUUCUAUUAUCGUAAUAUUAGCAUUGGCCGUACUUCCGAUUGUGUCUUUAACAUCUUAGCACCGAACGAUACAAUACGAAACAAGUAAAGAACUUGAAUGAAUAAAUGAUUGAGAAUGGCAUUAAUAAUAUCAAUAUCGUACAAACACGAAAGCCGGGUACGGUCACUACUAAAAUGAUGUAACCAUCUUCAAAGUUGCGUUAUGGUCUCAACAAUUGCCUACGUAAACACGGCCUAAUGAUUUAUGUCAAUUGAACUGAUAUAUUGAAUCCUAUUGUCUAAGGUAUUUUAUGCCAAAAAGCUGUAUAGCCUUAAUCACAAUAGACAUUUGUUUAAAGAAGCACUUCUACAUCAGAACUGGUUUGUAUGGAUCGGAAUGAUGGAUUCUCAAGAAGAAUAACACAACAAAGAUAAGUGAUCGAAAAAGUCAGUUUUCACUGUCACUGCGUUUAGAGCCUUACUAUUUUCACCAAGUAUAACAUGAUAUGAAUCUCAAACAGAAAUUAUGACUGAUGUGGUGUUUACCUAACAUAAGAGUAAUUCAAAGAUGUAAAUACAUACAGAUCAUACGUCUCUAUAUCGGUGAUUUCCUCAAGAAUAAAUAAUUGACAGAUCAACACAUCUACAUAUCUAAUCUUUGGACGAAAUAAUAUACUUCCUGGCGAUGGGCUUAUUUGUACUAGGAUCAAGCUUUCUUAUCUCAAGUAAUGGUUUUGUUGUGACAGCUUAAAUCAAUGAAUACAAAUAUUAGAUAGAAGGAAUGGGCUGAACUGUGUUCUCAGGGAACUUUCCAUAGAUUCCAACCAAAUAAUUCCCACUAGCCGAUUGAAUAAACGUUGUAGGAAAAUAAAUACUUAUAUACUAACAGUUCGACUAGAACAGUAUGUUUGCGUUACUUAUGUAAUUAACAGAUGAAUAGAUUCAAGAUGAUCAUAGUGUAAUGAAUAAUUCUUCACUUUACUCUUAUGAUUCUUAAGUGUCAUUGAGAAGGCUAUAUAUGAAUUUUGAUUCUUGUUCAUCGAUUCUGUGUAAUAACAUUAAUAGCCUGGUAGUUCUGAUUGACGUUUUCUAGAAAUUGUGAUUAGAAUCUUGAAUAAUACAUCAGAACUUUAUUCACCAUUCACACGCUUUCUUUAAUCUCAAUAGUCAAUAGCCUUAUAAAUUUACUAAAUAAUAUUUUCGCAAUUAGCAGCUGAUUUAGUGUGGUGUUUGUAUGAACUAACGAUUCAUUUGUACUUGUUGAAUGCUUGAUUUCGAAUUCCAAAUACAGUACAUUCGUUUGUGGAUAUCUAGUACUUCUUGAUCCAAUUGCGUUAUGUCUGGGAUUCUUAGUCUGUACUAUAAUUCAAAUACUCCUAAUUAUCACAUUUAGCUAUCUUGAAC